GUGUUGCCAUGCAUCUCCUCGAGGACGCAUGAGGUCACGUGUUAAAGUUCUCCCGCGCGGAUGUUUGUCUGCAACAUCUCGGUCAACCUAAUACUGUUCAUCCAGCCGAUCCCCUACAUCUGGCGGCUCCAGCAAAUGUCGGCCGCUAAAAAGGCUGGCGUGAUCCUGAUGCUGUCCCUGGGGCUGUUCAUCUGCAUGAUAUCCGUCAUCAGGAUCUUGCAGGCCGUUAGGACGAAUAGUACAGGCAUAUCUUACCAGCUAGUCGAGCCUAUCAUCUGGUCCAACGCCGAGAUCAGCGCCAUAAUCAGUUGCGCCUGCAUCCCGACCCUGAAGCAAGCCGGCAGCCACGUCCGCAGGCUCGCGUCGCCCCCGCGGUCGAGCGGCAGAUCCGCGCCCGAGAGGCCGCGACAGGGGCAGCCGCGGACGCCCGAGAACACGCAGCGGCCCGAUCUCCUCACGAGCGGGGGCGACACGCUGUUUAGCUGGCGUUUCAAGAUCCUGGCUCUCUCGUCCAAGCAGACUAGCGAUGUGGUGGUGAGCAUGGCGACGACGGCGGCGGUGGCGGCACCGCCGCAGCGCUUGGGGCCCAUGGGGAAUGCCGGGGCGCUUCGGCGCCACAAGUCACAUCUCGUCCGCCGGAUGAUGCACGAUGAUGGUCAGCACGGGAAGGUCUCAGGCGGCGUGCCUGAGAGCGAGCGCGCGGCCACAUCGACUCCCACUGCCGUGCCCGCCGAAGCACUGAGCAUCGUGGCCAGGGGUAGUAGGAGCAGGUUGCUGACCCGAAUAAUGGUGGCACGCGAAGUCAACCUUGACGUGGCCUCGGCCUGGCCUCGGGACAUGACGAAUUUGCAGCGCGCCAUCGCAGAAGCGUGGUUUCCGCACCUCCCGCACAACGAAGACGCCGAGGCUGGGUCUACAAGAAUGUUUCCAGAAUCCCAACCAUGUGGCAGGAGGAGAAGAGAGUAAACGACUUGAAUAAAAUGACAUGAUAGAAUCAAAG